AUGACUUUAGAUGAGGCCUCAGAGGAAGACCUUAUCCGGGACUUCUUCAGAAAGGGCCACUCCUACAACGUUAUCUGCGAUUUUUUGGAGGCAAAACACGGGAUGGUAAUGAGCCUGAAAACUCUCAAAAGAAGGCUGAAACAGCUCAACCUUAGUCGUAGGGCAAGUUAUGCUCCGAUGGAGACUGUGAACUCUGCCAUCAGGACUGAACUGAAUGGCUCAGGACAGCUGUUGGGCUACAGGGCUAUGUGGCAGACCCUGCAACAGACGCAUUUGUUGACCGUCAGACGAGAUAAUGUUAUGGAAGCACUCAGAUUCCUUAAUCCAGAAAGAGUAUCUCUCCGUCAUAGGCGCCGAUUUUUCAGGCGAUCCUAUUGCGCUGCAGGACCCAAUCAGGUGUGGCACGUGGAUGGAUACGACAAACUUAAGCCCUUUAGGAUUGCCAUCAGUGGCUGCAUCGAUGGGUAUUCCAGGCGGCUUAUGUGGCUCAGUAGUGGCAGCACCAACAACAACCCUGCAGUAAUAGCACGAUAUUACCUGCAGUGUGUUUCUAACUGUGGCGUAGUUCCAGCACGUCUUCGGACAGACUGUGGGACAGAAAACGGAGACAUGGCUGCCAUCCAAUGUUCAUUAAGAGAGGACCACAUGGAUGAAUUUGCGGGACCUCUCAGCCACAUGUAUGGCACUUCAACUGCCAAUCAAAGGAUUGAAAGCUGGUGGUCCAUUUUCAGGAAACAGAGGACACAGUUCUGGAUGGAUCUAUUUAGUGACCUGAGAGACAGACACCCAUGAACACAAGUGCCUUGUACGGUAUGUCUUCCUGGGCAUUUUUUCAGAAAGAGCUUGAUGAGCACCGAGAGCUUUGGAACAACCACACCAUCAGGCCUGUCCGUCAGUCUCUCUGUCCAUCUGGAAAACCGGAGACCAUGUACCACCUGCCUCACAGGUUUGUAUAUAGCACCUGUACUGUCAUUU